CCACUCACCCCUCCACUGACCUAUAAUCUUCGUUUCAAACUCUAAACUUGAGACAACUUCACUUCCCCUGCUCUGUGUGCUUCUCUCAGGGCAGAAAUGGCGAAAACUAGCUUCUUGAACCCACUUGUUUUACUCCUUUUUCUGUUGUGCUCUCUUGUCCAAGCUAUUCAAAACCCUGAUUUAAAGACAUUAAUGGAUUUCAAAUCAGCGGCAGACAAGUCCAACAAGCUAGCUUCGUGGAACUCAACCGUUGACGUAUGUACCUGGACCGGGGUCACUUGUUUCCAGAACCGAAUCUCUCGGCUCGUCCUGGAAAAUCUCGACCUCACCGGCUCUUUCGAGCCCCUUGCUUCGCUUACCCAGCUUCGAGUACUCAGUCUAAAGCAAAAUCGUCUCUCGGGUCCGGUUCCCGACCUUUCUAAUCUCACUGCUCUGAAGCUCCUGUUUUUGUCCCACAACGAGUUCACCGGUGAGUUCCCGGCUUCGGUUAUCUCGCUGUUUCGGUUGUACCGUCUCGAUCUGUCGUUUAACAACUUUACCGGUGAAAUCCCCGUUACUAUCAACCGUUUGACUCAUCUUUUGACGCUCCGGCUCGAGGAGAAUCGGUUUUCAGGGCCGGUUUCUGGUCUCAAUCUUCCGAACCUCCAGGACCUGAACGUUUCUGGUAACAGGCUUUCAGGUGAAAUACCACAGUCUUUGUCGAGUUUCCCAGUUACGGCCUUUGGUUUAAAUGCAGCUCUUUGCGGAGCUCCAUUGGAAAAAUGUAAGAGCAUUGAGAGUAAACCGACAAAACCCGGAUCGGACGGGGCAUUAGCGUCGCCGUUAAUGCCAGGUCGAAACCCAACUGUUAUAGCUUCAUCCCCAAGCUCAUUGCCGGCGACUGGAAACCCCAACAAAACUCCAAACCCUCAACAUCAGCAUAAUGCAGCCAAAAUAAGCCCAUUGGCUUUAAUAGCGAUUAUUUUAGGGGAUGUUUUGGUUCUGGCUUUGGUUUCUCUCUUGCUUUACUGUUACUUCUGGCGAAACUACGUUACGAAAAUGAGAGAGGGGAAGGGAUCCAAGGUUCUCGAUGGAGAGAAGAUCGUUUAUUCCUCGAGUCCAUAUCCGGCACAGCCGGGUUUCGAGAGGGGAAGAAUGGUGUUCUUCGAAGGGGUUCGGAGGUUUGAGCUGGAGGAUUUGUUGAGAGCUUCGGCUGAAAUGUUGGGGAAAGGUGGGUUCGGUACGGCGUACAAAGCGGUGCUCGACGAUGGAAAUGUGCUGGCCGUGAAGAGAUUAAAAGACGCAAACGUAGGUGGGAAGAGAGAAUUUGAGCAACAAAUGGAAGUUCUGGGAAGGUUAAGGCAUCCCCAUUUGGUUAGCUUGAAAGCCUACUAUUUUGCCAGGGAAGAGAAGCUCUUGGUCUACGACUUCAUGCCCAAUGGUAGCUUGUUUUGGCUACUUCACGGGAACCGAGGACCGGGGAGAACGCCGUUGGACUGGACUACCAGGCUGAAAAUAGCAGCCGGAGCAGCUCGUGGCUUAGCUUUUAUUCACAAUACAUGCAAGACUCUUAAACUCACCCAUGGUAACAUCAAAUCCACGAAUGUCCUCCUCGAUAAAUCAGGCGAUGCACGCGUGUCGGACUUUGGACUCUCCAUCUUCGCUUCACCCACCAACAAUGCCCCGAGAUCAAACGGCUAUCGUGCGCCGGAAUUAUCAUCCGAUGGCCGGAAGCUCACCCAGAAAUCCGAUGUGUACUCGUUCGGUGUCUUGCUACUCGAGAUUCUGACGGGGAAGUGCCCUUCUGUGGUGGAUAAUAACGGUGGCGCGGGGUAUGGAUACAGCGGGCCCGUUGAUUUACCCCGAUGGGUACAAUCGGUGGUGAGGGAGGAAUGGACGGCGGAGGUUUUCGAUCUGGAGCUAAUGAGGUACAAGGACAUCGAGGAGGAAAUGGUUGGGUUAUUGCAGAUUGCAAUGGCUUGUACUUCCGCUUCUCCUGAUCAACGGCCUAAAAUCGGUCUCGUGGUGAAGAUGAUCGACGAGAUUCGUGGGGUGGAGGUCUCACCGUGUCAUGAUGAGGCGGUUGACUCUGUGACCGACUCACCAUACUUGUCUGAAGCCACAUGCGGCGCAGUUAGCCAGUGAUUUCUUGCGAGUUGAUGUAAAAUCUUGGUUUUGAAGUUUUAAUGUUAGUUUUCUGCUCAUUGAAGAUAUUAAGACUUGCACAUAUUUUGUGUGCUUUGGUAUUAGCAAAUUGAUUUUUAAUGGGUGGCAAGU